AUGAGUAAGUUUGGAAACAAUUGGAAGCAGAUUGGUCUUACCGAGCUGCCGGAUCGUUCCACCCAUGAUCUACGCAACAGGCAAGUCGAGAAAUCUGAGCCAUCAUCUUCAUUACCGGAUGCCAAUGACGAGGAAAUGGCCAACAACAGCCCUGACGGUAACGAUGAGGAGAGCUGUGACGGUGACGGCGACGAUGUAUUUGAUGAAGGUUCCGAGUCUGGAAUGGCCGAACCAAGAGGAGAUCAGAAGCAUCAGCUCCUGAUUGACAUGAGUCUUCUGUCCGAAGAAACAGUGAAGGCAACAGAACUCGGGGCCGCGUCCAUGAUCAUGCCAAACUACCAGCAUUCAGACACAUUCUUGGCAGUACCCGCUCUGGAGUCGCCAGGUAGCACUUUCAACAUGUUUGACCCGAGCUGCGUGGGCACCUCAGAUCAUUCAUCGUUGAACUCGGCUAUUCAGACUCCGGAUAGCGAUUGGAUGUCUUGGCUCAAUUCGCUUGAGGCUGACACCUCAGUUUCACCGGAAUCACGGCCCUCAUGGUGGGAUGAGGGUUCCACUGAUCAACACUACUUCCACAACUCCGGCUAUGGAAGUUCUGAUGUCAACAUGGCUGGAAUUCCGGACGGUAAUAAUAGCUCAAGAGCUAGGAAGCGAGUCAAAGGUGAGGCUUCUCCAAGGGCUUCUCUCAGGCCAGGGGCCCGCGAUGAGAAUCCGGCGAAGGAUAAUGUACAGAUGGGUCUUGUCACUUUGUCUCUGGACCAAGUAGACCCGAUAAUCGCCAACGAGAUAAUAGGAAGUGUCAUGAAGCACAGUGCGGGGCUCAAGAUCAACUGCACCGUCAAUAAUCACUCAUGA